AUGGCAACAUCAGCUCCCGGCCCCAGUUCGCCUCUCCGAGCAGAGGAUCUGCUGAUUGAUUCUUCAGAAGCCCCUGGGCUGAACCAUGCGUCCUCAGAGGUGACCUCCCAGCUCUAUGCUUCUUUGCGCCUCAGCCGCCAGGCAGAGGCCACAGCCCGAGCCCAGCUGUAUUUACCUUCUGCCUCCCCUCCUCCUCUUGAGGAGUUAGAGGGCUUGGCCCAAGAGCUGAGUCACAGCUUGUCUGUCGGAUUGGAGAACAACCUGAAGAAAAAGGAUGGUUCUAAGCACAUCUUUGAGAUGGAAAGCGUUCGAGGUCAACUCCAGAACAUGCUCCAAGCCUCACGUGAUAUAGCCUACCGGGAUCCCCUUGCUCCAGGUGCUGGUUCAGAGAGACGGGAAGAGGACUCCUUUGAUAGUGACAGCACCGCCACCUUGCUCAACACCCGACCUCUGCAAGACUUAUCUCCAUCUAGCUCAGCCCAAGCCCUGGAGGAGUUGUUUCCCCGCUACACCAGCCUUCGGCCAGGCCCCCCACUCAAUCUCCCGGAUUUUCAGGGGCUGAAAGAUGCACUGGAUUCAGAGCAUACCCGCCGUAAGCAUUGUGAGCGCCACAUUCAGAGUCUGCAAACCCGUGUGCUAGAACUACAACAACAAUUGGCAGUGGCUGUGGCUGCUGACCGCAAGAAGGAUAUCAUGAUUGAACAACUGGACAAGACCUUGGCCCGGGUGGUAGAGGGCUGGAACCGGCAUGAGGCUGAGCGGACAGAGGUGCUUCAGGGACUUCAAGAAGAACGCCAGGCAGCAGAACUCACCAGAAGCAAGCAACAGGAGACAGUAGCCCGCCUGGAACAAAGCCUUUCUGAGGCCAUGGAGGCCCUGAAUCGUGAGCAAGAAAGUGCCAGACUACAACAACGGGAAAGAGAGACACUGGAAGAAGAAAGACAAGCUCUGACCUUGAGCUUGGAGGUAGAACAGCAGCGGUGCCAUGCCCUUCAGGAAGAACGGGAUGCAGCUCGGUCUGUGCAACUCAGUGAGCAUCGACAGUUGGAGACUCUUCAGGCUUCCCUAGAAGAUGAACGGCAGACCUGGGCCCAGAAAGAGCACCAGCUCAAGGAACACUACCAGGUGCUUCAGGAGGAGAGCCAGGCUCAACUGGAAAGGGAGAAGGGGAAUAGCCAGAGGGAAGCUCUGGCAGCACGAGAGGCCCAGCAGCAGUUGGCAUUGGUGCAGUCUGAGGUGCGGCGGUUGGAAGGAGAGUUGGAUACUGCUCGGAGAGAGAGAGAUGCCCUACAGCUGGAAAUGAGCUUGUUGCAGGCCCGGUAUGAAAGCCAGCGGAUCCAGAUGGAGUCGGAGCUGGCUAUGCGGCUGGAGCAGCAGGUGACAGAGCGGCUGGCACAGGCUCAGGAGAGCAACCUUCGGCAGACAGCCUCCCUGAGGGAACAUCAUAGGAAGCAGUUGCAGGACCUGACUGGACAGCACCAGCAGGAACUGGCCAGUCAGUUGGCUCAGUUCAAGGUGGAAAUGGCAGAACGAGAGGAACGGCAGCAGCAGGUGGCUCAGGACUAUGAACUCAGACUGGCCCGGGAGCAAGCACGAGUACAGGAACUACAGAGUGGAAACCAACAGCUAGAGGAACAGCGGGUAGAGCUGGUAGAGCGACUCCAAGCCAUGCUGCAGGCGCACUGGGACGAGGCAAACCAGCUGCUUAGCACCACUCUCCCUCUUCUUAACCCUCCAGUUCCUCCCGCUGGCCGCUCCAGCCCUGUACCUCAGGAGCCAGAGAAGGGGGAAAGGAGGGCCUGGACUGUGCCUCCUGUGGCUGUGGCCCUGAAGCCUGUAUUGCAGCAGAGCCGGGAAGCAAGGGAUGAGCUGCCUGGAGUGCCUCCUGUUCUCUGUAGCUCCUCCUCAGAUCUUAGCCUCCUGCUGGGGCCUCCUUUCCAGAGUCAGCAUUCCUUCCAGCCCCUGGAGCCCAAACCAGAUCUCCCUCUACCCACAGCCGGGGCCUUCUCCUCUGCACUUGGAGCCUUUCAUCCUGAUCACAGGGCAGAACGGCCAUUCCCUGAAGAAGAUCCUGGGUCUGAGCAAGAAGGCUUCCUAAAGCAAGGGAUGCUGCCUGCUUCUCAGCUGGAGGGCCUCAAGAAUUUUUUGCAGCAGCUGCUGGAGACAGUACCUCAGAGCAAUGAGAACCCAUCUGUUGACCUGCCGCCCCCUAAGUCUGGUCCUCUGACUGUCCCAUCUUGGGAAGAAGCUCCUCAAGUGCCACGUCUUCCACCCCCUGUCCAUAAAACUAAGGUUCCCUUAGCUAUGGCAUCUAGUCUUUUCCGGGUCCAUGAGCUUCCCUCAUCCCAUUUACAAGGCAAUGUUCCCAGCAGUGGCUCCCCAGAGCAAGGUGGAGAUGGGCUCACAUCCCCAAGGCAACUGAUGGAGGUGUCUCAGCUGUUACGACUCUACCAGGCUCGGGGCUGGGGGGCCUUGCCUGCGGAGGAUCUGCUGCUCUAUCUGAAGAGGCCAGAACACAGCGGGAGCGAUGGCCGAGGGGAUAAUGUCCCCAGAAGGAACACAGACUCCCGCUUGGGUGAGAUCCCCCGGAAAGAGGCUGUCCCUCGCCGCCUUGCUACAGCCCCUAAGACUGAAAAACCUCCCACCCGGAAGAAAAGUGGGCACCCUGCCCCAAGUAACAUGAGGAGCCGGGGGGGAGUCUGGAGAUGAGCCUCUUCCCCUUUCUCCUCUUCUUUGUUCUCUUCUUGUUAUUAUUUUAAUAAAUGCUCAAUAGUCUAUAUGAGAAUUUGAAAAA